GUGGAUGGCACUUCCUAGAAGAAUGAGUGUCAUUCUCACUGGUUUGUGAGAGAGUGCAUGCAGGUCACAUGUGUAAGUUGAUAAUGCCUACUGUACCAGAGUAGGGACUCCUCAGAUUAACCUCAACACUGAUGUGGAAGAUAUGUCUCAGGAAGGAGUUGGUACUGAGCAGGUGUCAUUUUCCUUUCAGACUCCCGUGACAUUUGAUGACAUCACAAUGUACUUGCUCCAGGAGGAAUGGAUGCUGCUGAGUCAGCAGCAGCAGGACUUCUGUGGUUCUGACAAACUGGUGGCACCAUUGGGACCCAAUGUUGUCCCUGAGCUGUUCUGUGAAUUUGGGCAAGGACCUAAGCCAUGGCUAGACAUUGUCCAGGGCCAGAGGAAUCUCCUGGACCAUUACCGUGGUGAGUGGGCCAAGUGCCCGGAGGUGGCACUUAGCUGGCAGAGGAGCAGGACAGGGCCCCCAUGACCCAGUCUCAUCCUCAGCCCUGCCUGU